UAAACCAGAUCCGCCCAAAGUUGUUUCUCUUUCUCUUUCCUACCACGCUCUCAGCUACUUCCCCACUAGUCUAUCUGUGUGGAAAUGUUGCUUUUCAGUACCUGGGUCCUGAUGGCUUUCUUGACCCUGCUCUCCUCUCCAGUAGCAGGUGAGGAGCUAUUUGAGGUGAGAAUGCAGCCAGAGUGGCCUGUGGUUGAGGCUGGCAAGGACCUGUGGAUCAACUGCAGCACCAACUGUACAUACCCUCAAGCAGGAGGCAUUGAAACUCGUAACAUAAAAAUGAACACGCAGAAAGAAGGGACUCACUGGAAGUUGUUUCACUUAUCAAAUUUCUCCGAGAAUACCAACAUCUUUUGUUACUUCAUGUGCUCUAAUAUUCAAAAGAGGAAGUCGGUCAGUGUCAUCAUAUACCGGCCACCAGAGCAGGUGACAUUGAGCCUGCAGCCUUCUUGGGUGAUUGUGGGUAAGAAUUUCACCUUGACAUGCCAUGUGCCUAAUGUGGUCCCGCUGGAGAACCUCACGCUCACUCUGCUCCAAGGCACCGAAAAGCUAUAUCGCCAGACCUUUGUGACUGUGUCUACAGCUCUGCAGGAUGCCUGGCUCACCCUCAACGUCACUGCUCGAAGGGAAGAUAGUAAGAGUAACUUCUCUUGUCGCGCAGAGCUGGACCUCAGGCCAUAUUGUGAGCAGCUCUUCUCUGCCACCUCACAGCCCAAAAUGCUCGAGAUAUUUGAACCCUCCUGGAACAACCAGAUGCUCAUCAUCAUCAUCAUCACGAUUCUGCUGCUGCUGGUGUUUGUGAUCUCAGUCUGCCUGUGUUUUGCUUAUGGACAACACUGGCGUCAACACCGAACAGGGGGCUAUGGGGUACUUGCUGCCUGGAGGAACUACAGAAACAGAUGAUCACGAUCCAGAAUGACAACAUGGACCUGAAGGGUGGGGGAUGCCUUUGCUGUCAUGGGUCAUCUAUAACUUAGUGAGUGGUGAGAAACAAAAGGGUGUGUGUGUGUGUGUGUGUGUGUGUGUGUGUGUGUGAUGGGAAUGGUCCAUCUUUCCCAGAAAGGCCUUGGGAAAACAUGUUCUGUUGGCCUUAAUCCAAACUCCAAGUCUUGA